ACCAAAACCCCUCAUCCAAAGCAUUAAAAUUUCAAAAAUCUCUAAUUAACGCAAUUCUUGACUAAAACUUGCGCCAAAUUAACAAUCCUUUGUUUCCUGAAAUUCACUCCAGCACUAAGCCUCUGGCCAACAUCUCCCAACUGUUGCCACCACCAAGCAUUUAAACGCAUUAGCACACCAUCAUGAAUGUACUUUGAAUUCGCCAUCAUCAUAAAAACCAUCCCAGCUCUGUACAGGCCAACUUCCUGCUCCGUCAACAAGGACAACCUACUUCCCAAUGCAUCCACUAAUUCAUCCCUUCCUUAAGGCAUGUCCGAGACGGCGACACCUCCUUCCUCAAAAACUCCAUCACAUGAAGUCGUUCCUGGAUUGGAGAGACUAUCCUUGACAAGCAAUGACAUUGAAAUGAUAUGUAACCUCCAAUUACCAGAACACAUCUUUUCCAAUGUUAAAUCUCUAGAAGUUCACUGUAUUCACGGUGAUUUAGUGGCUUUACCAAUCUUCUUCCUUGAAAGAUUCUGCAAUUUACAAAAGCUUCAAAUAUAUUGUUCUGAUAUCAUGGAGUUGUUCCCUCCUGUAGCAUCCAUUGAUUGUUCGGAAAAAGAUGUGGGAAGACACUUACGUAUUACAAAGUUGAGGCUGAAUAGACUUUCUAAGCUUAACUAUAUAUGGAAACAAGGCCCAGCAUCAGACUUACUUGUUCAAAAUGUUAAAUCUCUUGAAGUGCUGGUUUGUGACAGUUUGAUCAGCUUAUCAGAAUCUACAGUAUCUUUCCGAAAUCUCACCACUUUGUUGGUAGGACGCUGUGAAGGGUUAAGAAACUUAUUUUCAUUUGCAACAGCCCAAAGUCUGGUGCAACUCCGAAGUAUCAGUGUAGAAUAUUGCCACUUUCUGACUGAAAUAGUUGGAGGCGAAGGAGUUGGAUUAGAAGAUGUGAUUGUUUUCAGCAAAUUAAAAGUCUUGAAACUCAAGUGCUUAACAAGACUUGCAAGCUUCUGUUCCACAAAUUUCACAUUCAAUCUCCCAUUGUUGGAAGAACUAAUGGUGGUUCAAUGUCCCAAGUUUGAGACCUUCUGUCACGGAGUCUUGAGGACUCCAAGCCUGCAGAGAAUACAAUUUGCAGAACAAGACAAUAUAGGGCGUCCGGUGGCUGAGCUGAAUAGUACCAUAAAUCAAUUGUACAAAGAAAAGGUUGGAUAUGUUGGGUUACAAGAGUUGAAGCUAUCAGAUUUUCCUCAGUUGAUGGAAGUAUGGAACAAGAAUCCUCAACAAAUCUUGGAUUUUACAUGCCUUCAUGUCCUCAAAAUUUGUAAUUGUGGUAGCUUGAGAUACGUCUUAACUCCUUCCAUGGCAUUGAGCCUUGUUGUUCUCCAAACGUUGGAAGUACAAAACUGUGAAAUGAUUGAGAAAAUAAUAACAGAAGAGGGAGGUAUGGAGGUACCAGAAAAUAAGAUGAUAUUCCCACUGCUACGCAACAUUAAUCUGGAGUCAUGUUUCAACUUAACAAGUUUCUGUUCGGGAAGUUAUGGACUUGAGUUUCCAUUUUUGUCAGUGAUGCAUAUAAUUGAUUGUCCAAAGAUGGUCACAUUUGCUUCAACAUUUUCAACAGUGCAAGUGAAGGAGGCAGUUGAUGGAGGAAGUAAAGAAAGGACUGGCAAGCAAGUUACUGAUAUUCCCACCGAGCCCUUUUUCAGUGAUCAGGUUGCAUUUCCCCUAUUGGAAAAAUUGAGAAUCAUUGAAUUGGAUAACUUGAGGAUCCUAUGGCACCAUCAACCUCCUGAAGAUUCAUUCUGCAAACUAAAAUGCAGUCUGGAAGAGAUAUUUGAACUCGGAGAAGUAAACAUUGAAGAGUCACACGGUGUACUAGACACCUUGUUAAGAGAAUUGACUAUUAAGAAUCUACCAAGAUUAAAGCAUGUGUGGACCAAAGAUCCCCGAGGUAUUCUCAGUUUUCGAAACUUGCAGUCCGUGACAGCUUCGGGUUGUCCGAACCUCCAAAAUAUGUUUCCAGCUUCAGUGGCUAUGGAGUUUCAGCAACUUGAAAAGUUGAGGUUAUUCAAUUGCGGGAUAGAGGAAGUCGUAGCAUUCGGGGGAGAAGAAGCAUUUCCUAGAUUUGUGUUUUCUCGUUUAUCUACUCUUUGCCUGUGGCAUCUACCAAGACUCAAAUGUUUCUACCCAAGGGAACAUGUGACAGAGUGGCCAAAGUUAAAAUAUUUUAAAGGGUAUCAUUUAGAAGGAAUUAAAGAAACAAAUGUGGAGAGCCUUGGUACAUUUCCGGUUCAACUACCGCUUUUCACCGUGGAGAAGGAUAUUCCUAGAUUGGAGAAGCUAUCAUUAACAAGUGAUGACAUUGCAAUGAUAUGUACUCGCCAAUUUCCAGAAGACCUCUUCUCCAAUGUUAAAGUUCUUCGUGUUCUCUGCUACCACAGUGAAUUGACGGUUUUUCCAUUGUUCUUCAUUGAAAGAUUCUUCAAUUUAGAAGAGCUUUUUAUAGGUUGCUCUGGUUUCAAGGAGUUGUUCCCUUCUGUAGCAUCCAUUGAUUGUCAGGAGGAAGAUGCAAAAUGGCAUUUACGUAUUAGAAAGUUGAAGCUGGAUGCACUUUUUAAUCUGAAGUAUAUAUGGAGUCAAGGCUCAGCAUCAGACCUACUUGUUCAAAGUGUUGAAUCUCUUAAAGUGCGGGGAUGUGCUAACUUGAUUAGCUUAUCAGAAUCUACACCAUCUUUCCGAAAUCUCACCACUUUGUUCGUAGAAAGAUGUCAAGGGUUAAGAAACUUAUUUUCAUUUGCAACUGCCCAAAGCCUGGUGCAACUCCAAAGUAUCACCGUACAAAAUUGCCACUUUCUGACAGAAAUAGUUGGAGGCGAAGGAGAUGGAUUAGAUUUAGAAGAAGUGAUUGUUUUCAGCAAAUUAAAAGUUUUGAAACUUGAGUGCUUAACAAGACUUGCAAGCUUCUGUUCUGCAAAUUUCACAUUCAAGUUCCCAUUGUUGGAAAAAGUAAUGGUGGCUCAAUGUGUCAACUUUGUGACCUUCUGUCACGGAGUCGUGAGGACUCCAAGGCUGCAGAGAAUACAAUUAACACAAGAAGAUAAUGCAGGGCGUCCAGUGGUUGAGCUGAAUGACACCAUAAAUCAAUUGUACAAAGAAAAGGUUGGUUUCUCUGGGUUACAAUAUUUGAAGCUCUCAGACUUUCCUCAGUUGGUGGAAAUAUGGAACAAGGAUCCUCAAGAGAUCUUGGAUUUCAAACAGCUUUGUGUCCUUGAAAUUUGUAAUUGUAGUGACUUGAAAUAUCUCUUAACACCUUCCAUGACCUUGAGUCUCGUUUCCCUCAUAGGGAUGAAAGUGAAAAACUGUGAAAUGAUGGAGCAAAUCGUCACAGAAGAGGAAGCUACGGGGGAAGAUGAAAAAGAGAUGAUAUUCCCACUGAUAAAAACCAUUAAUUUAGAAUCUUGUCCCAACUUGACAAGUUUCUGUGUGGGAAAUUAUAAACUUGAGUGUCCAUCAUUGACAUGGAUGAAAUUACUUGACUGUCCAAAGAUGGUUACAUUUGCCUCAACAUUUUCAACGGUGCAAGUGAAAGAGGCAGCAGAAGGAGGAGCUGCAGAAAGGAUUGGAAAGGAAGUCAUUGAUAUCCCUACUGCACCCUUUUUCAGUGACGAGGUUGAGUUUUCCAGCUUUCUGGAAUUGACGCUUUCCUCGAUGAACAUGCGACAAAUAUUCCAAGAACAACUUUUAACAAUGUCUUUAGUUGUUCAUAGUGUAGAACAUCUGAUUCUGAAGGAGUGUGGUAAUUUGAAAUAUCUGUUUACAUCCUCAAUGAUUAAAAGUCUUGUGCAACUAAAAUCGCUUGAGAUUCGUGAUUGUGUAAUGAUGAAAGAGGUAAUAGUAAAUGAAGGAUUAACAAAGGAAGAAAGUUUGUUGCUAGCUAAGCUUGAAACCUUGACUCUUGAAGGCCUUCCCAAACUCACAAGGUUCUGCUCUGGAAAUUACUUUGAGUUCGGCUUCCUGACAUUCCUUCAUAUAAUCAAGUGCCCUCUGUUGGAGACGUUCAUCUCCAAUUCUAAUGUUGGGGAAAUGAGUCACAUGACAGAAAGUAAAAUAGUAGAAGGUGCUUCUACAUUAUCGCUGUUUGAUGUGAAGGUGGGAUUCCCCAGAUUGAAGCACCUUGUACUCAAAGAUAUGGAGAGCUUGAACUUGAUAUGGGACAACCAACUUAAUGCAGAGAGCUUCCACAAGCUAGAUCAGCUUUUGGUGGAAUCCUGUGAAAAACUGUCAAAUAUUUUUUCAAUUAUUAUGCUUGGAAGACUUCAAAACCUAGACAAACUGAAGAUAGAAAAUUGUGUUUCACUAGAAACAAUAUUUGAGCCUCCAGGGUUGAAUGCUAGUGAAACACAAGCUUUGAAAAUUGGUCAAUCAAAUUCGUUCGGAGCAACCCCUAAUUUUGUGUUUCCAAAAGUAACACACUUGCUGCUUAAGGGGCUGCCCAGUCUCAAGAGUAUCUGCCCUGGAAUUUAUUUUACAGUAUGGUCAUCAUUGAAAGAAUUGGUGAUAUUUGGAUGUAAUCAAGUGCAGAUACUUGCUUCAGAACUUCUGAGUUAUCAGAGAACAUGUAGAGAGAACCAACUUGAAAACCAUAAUCAAUGCCCUCUAUUCUUGGUCAGUAAGGCUACCUUCCCCAGUCUAGAAGAACUAAUAGUGGAGAGGAAUGAGAGCAUGAAGGAGAUAUGGCAUGGUGAUGAUGUGAAGGAUGGCAUUGUUUUCACCAAACUUGAGUCUUUGCAACUUAAAGUUCUUCCAAAACUAGAAAGCUUCUGCUCAGGAAAUUGCAACUUUGAAUUUCCAUCUUUGGCAGAUGUAACCGUGAUGGAGUGUCCAAAUAUGCUGACUUUCUCUGAGGGAGAAGUAAGUACCCCAAAAUUGCAGAAAGUGAAAUUGACAGAAAAUUCAACAGAUGAAGGAAUUUGGCAGGAAGGUGGCAUUAACCCCACAAUACAACAGUUGUUCACAAAAAAGCCCAACUUCUUCACCUUUUCCGUCCUUCCCUCACCUUUCUGCGGCGCCGCCUUCUGGUUUACGGCUCCAAUCUGGUACGCUACUGAACCCAAAAUCGCUGUUAAUUUCUCAAACUCAGCUUAAAAUUUUCAAAUGUUUUAUGUGUUACGGGAGCCGUUUUUGCUUUUUCUGCGCUAAUGUAUGGUGUCAUUGAAUUGAACUGGUAGAAUGCCCCUGGGUUAGCCAAGCUUUAAAAGAUGUUAAAAAUUAACAUGGAGGAAGUGAUCCUUGUUGUUGGUUUAUUCUCUUCUUAUGGAAAUAGAUCUUGGUUUGAUCACUAUCAAAAUUUAUUAGCCUUGUAACUCUUCUCUUUUUUUUUUUAAUAAUGAAUAUGCGAUGUC